AUGGUCAGCAUCCGCAGGAGAGUGACAAGCUGGGAGCUGGAUCUGCGUGGGAGGAAAUCAGGUCUGUUCAGUAUACUCUUGGGUAUCUCUGCAGGGAAUGCCAACAUUGACCGGAUCGAGUCGAUCGAGUUCCGGAUCUUCAAGAAGAACGAGUAUAUCGAAGAUUUUAGUAACCCCUCCGAGCUCUUUAAUAAGCAAGAGGUCAAGGAUCUCUUCGCAGGAACGGGAUUGGCAAGGUGGAAGUUGCACAACCAGUUCAAGAAGGACGUCCUCGACUCUGUCGUCGUGGAGUUGGAGGUUCGUACGACCCAGAACGACCACGACGACAACUUAUUGGUCGAUCCAGGACACUUCGAGUUGCACUACAUGGAGUUGGUCAAGGAGCCCAUUGAGUGUACCAGUUUCAGUGCCCAUGAUCCGUCGUUGAAGGUGCAUAAGCCGUACGUGUGGUCGAUCAACGUGAACUACAGCGACGAGCAGUCAGAGGACCUUUCGCCAACGAUGGAGAUUGUCGCCUAUACCAUCUCUGGAGACGGAACCCAUGUUGCCACCGUCGCCGCUAUUGACCAACACGUCUUUCUUGAUGUCUGGGACCUCCGGGAUCCGCACGAGUUCCACACCAGUCAUAGCAACAGUAGCAACAGUAGCAUCCAACACCAUCACCAUUACGACAGCAGCAACGCCAGUGUUGACAACAUUGAAAAGGCUAAUGAUUCGCCUCUCCUCCUCUCGGACUCGACGACUCCCGCCAAUCCUGUUUCUAAGCCUUUCAGCCCGCGCUGCAGUGCUCGAGUCAGUGCGAUUGAGCUGCCAGAGACUCAUAGUGGUCGUCAAGUCGGCGUCUCGCUGUCGUGGGAUGCCUCCAUGGUCGCGAUAUUGGACGCGACCACGCUCGGUACCCAAUGGGACUCGCACACGCAGAGUUCCUUCGCCGUCUUUGAUCACAUCUGUGGCCCGCACUCGACCAUUGACGAGAAGGGGAAGGUCACUCCCUUAGUGGCUACCGUCCUUCGACCCUCGGAACAACACCUCGACCUGGCUGCGACCGAUGUUCGCCUCAAGAACUUUUUCGGAUACGGAAAGUUCCACAUCUCGGCGCUCGAGAACCAGGAUAUCAAGGAUGAGCUCUUUGUGACGUGCAACGAGCAGGAGGUCAAUGUCUAUGGCGUCUACCCAAAAUGGCACCAUAUUCAUACUGUCCGACUUGACCGGCCCCAGGAUACUAUGUUGGACUUGAACCUGCCCUGUAUGCGACUUAUCGAUACACUGCGUGGGAGGAAUUUUGUCUGGGAUGUCCGAAACGAUGAUGGUAUUGCAGUCUAUGAUGUCGAGGAUGGGUCGGUUGUUUCGUUCAAUCUCAAACACCGAUUGCAUCCAAAGGAAUUGCGGUUCCAUGAGAAGACGCCCUUUUGUCUGUCGAACGAUGGCGCCGUGUUGGCGUUGUAUCAGGAGCGAGUCAUUUCGACGCAUUGGGUCGGCUCGGGUACACUGCGAGGCAAGUUCCUGUUGCCGGAUCGGUACAAGAUUCCUGACGACAUCCAGUUCAUUCGUGGUGACACCCAUCUCUUGAUUCGCGUGGAGACCAGGAACGAGGAUUUGGGUCUUGGUCUCCUUGGACUGAUCGUUCGAGUGGAGGAUAUGGCUUUGGUCGAUUCAUUCUCUCUUCCUGGAAGGUACCUCGCUUUGCCGGCGACCAGCGCUCGUUCAGGAUCCACUGGAGGAAGCCAGGACCUGCUUACUGCCCACCAGUCCACCCUGGACUUCAUCCGCCUCGAGGACCGUAUUGCAAAGUCGCGGUCCAAACCUAAGCCUGAUUGCGAUGACGAGUGCCGCGCCAAUCUGUCCCUUAUAAAGUCAGACGACAAGCAGGAGGUCAUCUCGUCCUCGGGGAUCCGGUUCACGAUCGAGAGCUGUGUCGAGACGUUGGUGAAGCUGACCAACGAGGUCCAACUCACCUCUGUGGUCAUCAGUGCAUCCGUUGGGAACGGCGAGCCCGUCGAAAAGCUGGUGAUGCCCGAGUUGGAGCGUCUUUCGUGGGGAGGCUCUUAUGUGGAAAAGUUCUUUUUGGACUGUGGCACGCGCGUGGUGAUUAUUUCCCGAGAACUCUUUACACUCUGGAGUCUCCCGACGACAUUGGACGGGAACUUGAAGCUGUUGGUGGCGGCUCACGCCCCCGAUGGGAGGUGGCGUUGCUGUCCACACCAUCAGCUCUUUUCUGCAGAGCUGUACAUGUGUAUCAACGCGGAUGGGUCCCCGGUCGUGAACGAGGUUCCUCGUGUCGGAGCAGUUUUUACACGGGAAUCGGCGGAGAACUUUUUGAUCGGCAUCCCUAUCCUCGCGGAUCUGUACAAGCAAGGAGACGAGACCUUCCGACGCGAAAUCUUGAAAUAUGUCGGCAAGCACCUCAACACUUACCCAGUUCCUGAAGACCCCAGCAGGAAUAUCUUGUCGUACAUUUGUGAGAGGUGGGAUCCAGAGAACCAUGGUACCCUUCAACCGUUUGUUGCGGACCUCCUUGAUUCUCCCUACGGCCGUUGGGUUCCUACACAGGACUUUGACCGGCAGUCGAACCCGGUCGAGAUGAUGCUUGAAAAAGCAAAAACCCAACCCCAAGCGAUCGCGAUGGCCGAGACGUUUAUCGAUUAUUGUAUCCGCCAGGCCCGCGCCGAAGACGACGCCCACUUCCUCGUACCCGUCCUGAGCUCUCUUCCCAUCCUGAGUGAACCCAAUCAUCCACACCAGGAGCUGGCUCAGCGAACCCUCCGUCGCCUUGCCUAUAUCCCCGUCAAGAGCCGGUCCCUUAUAAUCGACCACCACCAGACAACGCACCCCCUAGAAUUCCGAUGGAAGUUCUGGGCCCAGAAUGCCCGGCCCUUACAUAAGUGCAAAAGCCCCGUUGUCCAAAUGACGCGCGAUCAGGUUAUGGAUCCGAUCAACGGCAACUUUGUCGCAGAUCUCUAUGUGACCUCGGAUGACUUUCUGUGGUCGUUGCGCAAAAACCAGGAUGCUGAGGCGAGGAGUGCUCAUAGACCGCUGGUCAAGGCGGUUCGACCGAAUGGGGUGUUGACCUGGAUCAAAGCUGCUGUGUUAAUAAUGUGGCACAAACGCAAGCUUUGGAGCACCUCUGCGAUUGAUGUGCAUCCUUAUGCCCCUCAGGCUCUUGAUCACCCGGCCAUCGCCGCCAUCGUCGAGUACAAAUGGAACAAGAUUGGAUACAAGUACUGGCUGAUGCGGUUCUUCUUCCAAUGCUUGUACUACGUCCUCGUCCUGACGACGGUCUUCUUGCAGGUGUACAAUGAUCAGGGCAACAAUAUGGCGGGUCUUUUUGUGGCGAUUAUGGCCUUCGCGGGAAUCUUUCUCUGGCUCGAGCUGAUCCAAUUGAUCCGCGACAAAAAGGGUUAUUUCUCGUCGAUAUACAACUUUGUGGAUUUGGUUGUGUAUGGGCUGCCGUUGGCAGGGUGCAUCAACCAGCUGUGCAUCAUCUGGGGCAACACCCCUCCUGGUGCCAACCCUGCCCUCCUCAGUUUUUCCGUCCUCUUUGUCUUCCUGCACUUUUUGUUCGAGCUGAGAGUGAACAAGAGUGUCUGUCACUUUGUAACAAUCAUCAUUCAAAUCUUUGUAAAGAUCAAAGUCUUCUUCUUCAUCUUUGCCGGCGGCAUCCUCGCCUUCACCAUCGCCUUCCUCCACCUCCUCCGGUCCCCCGCCAUUUCCUCACCAUCCUGUACUGGCGAUGCCUGUGAACAUAUUGACUACCCGUCGAAUUUCCUCAGAGCAAUCUCGGCGACGUACUUUUUCAUGGGCGGGAUCUAUGACCCGAUCAAUCCUCUGUUCAAUUCCAAUCGGGUGGCCUUCCAUUUGAUGAUGAUGGGUUUCCUCUUCUCUGCUGUUAUCCUCAUGUUGAGCGUUCUCAUCUCGUUGAUCAGUUUGGCGUUCAGUGACAGGGACGAGACGUGGCGCCUGACGUGGAUCGAGUACCGCCUUCGAUAUAUUGAGAGCGCCGAGAACAUGUCCUACCACGUCCCAGGCUUUAGAGAGGGCCACAACUGGUUCCCCAGAGAAAUCUACUACUCUGCUACCCCCCAACAAGUCCGGGACUACAACAAGAUCUCCGAAAGUCUGGACGAGCAGAAUUCGAUCGUGACGGUCAAGGAGACUUCUCCUUCUUCGCAGGCGAUCCUUGGUGUGGGAGGUGCUGGAGAUGAUUCUCAUUCUCAUACGCAUUCGCAUUCGCACUCUCAUUCGCCUGGGGAUGGUGUUGUGGGUGAGGAUAAGGAGGAGGUUCAUGGGCACGGGCAUCAUCAUCAGCACCAUCAACAUGCGUCGUCGGGUACGCCUACAGCUUCAGAAACAACAAAAGUAUCAUCCUCAGUCUCACAACCAACCACAUACCUUGGAGGAGCAGGAGCAGAAAGAGAAGGAAGAGUCUCGGAAGUGACCCAAGUCAAGAACCAGUUACAAGAUUCUCAAGCCCAGAUGCUCUUACUCCUUCAACAGUUGGCCAAGCAGCAGGAACAGAAUGUGGCUCAACAGACCCAAUUGAGGGAGCAGCAACAGUUGUUUGCGAAUCAGUUGGGCGAGUUGCAGGGACAUAUCUUGACGCUUUUGAAGGCCCAGCCUUGA